AUGAGCGACUCAGAGGUUCAAGAGCCGGUUGAGACAACCCCAUUGCUAUCUCAGCCGGUGUCACGAAAACCAUACUCUAUAUUCACCAAGGCCCAGAAACACUGGAUUAUCAUGGCUGCUGCUAUAGCAUCGACUUUCUCCCCUUUAUCAGCCAACAUUUAUUUUCCCGCUCUCAACUCUAUCGCUCAAGACUUGAAAGUCAGUCCAUCGCAGAUGAAUUUGACUAUCACCACGUACAUGAUAUGUCAGGGCCUCGCACCUACAUUUACGGGUUCUUUAGCUGACCAGGCUGGACGCCGACCGGCAUAUAUUAUCUGUUUUGUGGUUUAUAUCGUGGGAAACAUUGCCCUUGCUCUACAGCACUCUUUUUCUACGCUACUUAUACUUCGCGCCAUUCAGAGCUGUGGUAGUAGUGGCACCGUCGCCCUUGCAUCGGCCGUUGCCGCCGAUAUCAUCACAUCUGCUGAGCGAGGAACCUAUAUGGGCCUCACAUCUCUAGGAAACAUUCUAGCUCCCUCACUAGGCCCUAUAGUUGGGGGCUUAUUAACUCAAUACUUAGGCUGGGAAGCUAUAUUCUGGUUCUUAGCCAUAAUAGCCUCCGUAUUCUUUGUAUUACUACUCCUCUUCUUCCCCGAGACAUGUCGUGUUAUUGUUGGCGAUGGGUCAAUUCCACCUUCCGGCUGGAAUCGGCCGCUUUGUGAUUGUGUCAAGAUUUCUCGAGUGUCGACAAUUCCUAGCCGGGACAGACACAUUACUAUUCCUAAUCCUCUGCCCUCGCUAAAGCUACUAUUUCGACGUCCCGUUGGUAUCCUGCUUCUCGGGAACGGUGUCAUUUUUGGCAGCUUUUAUGCUGUCAUGGCUGGAAUACCUGCUCAAUUCGUCAAGCUUUAUCAUCUGAACGACUUGCAAGUGGGGCUAUGCUAUAUCCCUGCUGGUCUAGGUUCAUUGCUCAGUGCAACUACCAACGGAAUCUUAGUGGACUGGAAUUAUCGCAGGAUCUGUACUAGGGCAGGUCUCGCGUUGGAGCAAGAACAUAAGCAUCAAGUCCUAUCCUUUCCCAUAGAAAAGGCAAGGCUGCAAAUCGGGUUACCUAUGAUAGUGCUCGCAGGAGGCGCUAUCGCUGUAUAUGGGUCGUUCCUCGCCUAUGGAUUUCCUUUUUGGUCCGUUCUCUUUACGAUAUUUAUCUCGUGCUUCUGUAUCACCGGGGCUUAUAACAUUAUGAACGUGCUGAUCGUUGAAUUGUAUUACACGACCCCUGCUACUGCAAUGGCAGCAAAUAAUCUUGUGCGCUGCUUUCUGGGAGCCGGAACGACCGCUGCGGUUAAUCCCUUGAUCAACAUUAUCGGAACACAGUGGACGUACUGUGCCGUCUCUGGUGCUCUCGUGGCGGUGACUUCUCUUCUUCUCCUCGUGUAUUUCAGGGGCUGGGACUGGCGUCGAGCCCAGGCCGGGUUACCUGUCACCUGUCAGUGA